CGAGUGAAGGCGAGAGCUGCGUGUGUAUGUUUCCUCAACUUUCUCGUUAUUUUCCCCCUUUUUAAGACGAGUGAAGGCGAGAGCUGCGUGUGCGUGUUUCCUCAACUUUCUCGUUAUUUUCCCCCUUUUUAAGGGCACAACACCCCCACAGUUCCAACAGCAAGUGAAAGUAAAGUUAUAAAUACAACCUGCAUCAGAGCCUUUUUAUAUACACUCUAUAUUCAGAGCACAGGAGAAAACACACACAGGACAGUUGUCUGAUAAAUCCUAUCGGUGUUUACUCUUCACAGAUCUCUCUUUUAACAACAUGGAUGCGUUAAACAGAAGAAUUGUCAUCUUGGGAAAAACUGGAGUUGGAAAAAGCAGCCUGGCUAACACCAUAUUUGGAGAGGAACUGUUCGAGAUCGAUGAUUCUCUCGACUCUGGAACAAGAAAAUGUCAAGCAGAGACCAGAUCUGUCAAAGGAAGAAGCAUCACUUUGAUCGACACUCCUGGUUUCUUUGACACUGAUAGAUCUGAGGAGGAGAUGAAGUCUGAGAUAGUGAGCUGUAUCGUAAAGUCCGCUCCUGGUCCUCAUGCUUUUCUCAUUUUGCUUAAAUUAGAGAAAGUCACAGAGCAUGAGCAGGCUGUCAUCAACAAAAUAAUCAAAUACUUUUCUGAAGAAGCUUUCAAAUAUGCAAUAGUUCUCUUUACUCAUGGUGACCAGCUCCGUAAAGGACAGAAAAUUGAGGAUCAUGUCCAGAAGAAUGAGUACAUGAGUGAGCUGGUGAAGAAGUGCGGAGGCCGUUGCCACGUCAUUGAUAAUAAAUACUGGAACGAAAACCCAAAGGAUGAAUACAGGAGCAACCGGUUCCAGAUGGAGGAGCUACUUAACACAAUAGAAAAGAUAGUGAUGGAAAACAAUGGAAACUGCUACACCAAUGAGAUGCUACAAGCAGUGGAGGAACAAAUACAACAGGAGGAGAAGCAGAUUAGACUGGAAUCAGAAAACAUGUCAGAGGAAGAUAUCAGAAAGCUGGCUGAGAAUAAAACAGUCAGGGAGGUUUUGGCCAAAUAUGUAGGUAUUGGAACAGGUGUGUUGUUGGGAGCUUUUUUGGGUAUGCCACUGGGUUUAUUGGGAUUGGUUUCAGGAGCAGUGAUGGGAGGUUUUCAAGGAUAUCUUGUAGCCAAGGAAGCAGCAAAGAGGGCAGUAGUUGCUGUCAAGAAAAAAGCACAAUUGACUCUUCAUUAAGCCACGCCCACCUUAGUUACUGUUGUGAAGUCUGACAAACUGUCAGCGCUGCCACUGUCUAUUACUGCACUCCCUGGAGAAAUAUUGACAAAUUUGUUGGAUCUUAGAAAGUGGCAGACAGUUUCGCACAGUUGUAUUAUACAUUUGUUGUAUUCGGGCUGACUCAAAUUGACUCAAACAGACGUGACAAAAAUAAAAGAUAGAAGCUAUGCCUACCGAUCACACAGUAGGCCUACAAGUGAACCACUGCAGACAAAAGACAGCGAUAUUAAGGAUCAACACUGUACACCAACCUGUAAAGCUGGGCAGGCUUCUAUUCAUUAUUACAAUCGUUAAAAAGCAGAGUGUUAGCUUGUGUUAGCUAACUAACAUCACAUUAUCUGGAUUUAUUUUAGGUUUUGGAAAGUAAUGUUGUGUAAAAAAUUCAAGACUUGGGCCAGAUGAGAAAGCUUGAACUUUUUACCAAUAUUUUUAUUAUCAACAAAAAUAAAUACCAAUUAGAAUAAAAAAAGUUUCACCGGAGAUGGUCAGAGAUCGGUGCAAAAGAGUUUACACCAAUAAAGGAUAGAUAAACCCGUACAACAUCCCUACAGGUCAGAGGAUGGUGUCAAUUCUGUGUUCAUGACUACAGUUCACCACUUAUAAGUAUAGACAAGGUACAUCUAAGUAAAAAGAUUAUAAAUAAUUAAAGAUUAUCACUGAUGACUGUUUCUUGACUAAUGUCUGUUUUUUGUCUGCACUGCUCCCCCUCUCUGUGUCCUAGGCAUGCCUUCUGCUGAUCAUGCUAUUUUAACCAUAACCUGACUUAGUGGAAUAAGCUGGUGUCUUUUGUGCUGUGUGCUAGAGACAGGGCAUUCUUACUGUGAUGGGAUAUAUUGAUGUAUGAUUUGUAACACAAUUUUCACAAAAUCUGCUUCCUUAGCUGGUGUCUUGGUGCUGUGUUACUGUGCUCCUUCACUCUGCUCCCAAAGCACACAUGAUUGCUUACACACACACACACACACACACACACACACACACUACUACACGCUACACGUUAAAAAAAGGAGCAGAUAAACUCAGAGCUAUAGAGUUUUAACACUGUGAUCUUAACUUUACACUAUAAAAUAACACUUUAAAUGAUGAAAAUGUAGAACACCAUCGCUCUAAUAAUUAAGGAUAAGAAUUUAGGCUAUAACACACAACAAAAGAGAAUAAAUCGUACUGCUCCUUUCAACCUCUCUGGGUAGCGACAGUAACUGUUAAAAGUGCCCCAGGAACAGCAUUUGACCAUAUUUUGGAAAAAUAAGGCAGAAGAAAGCUAGAAAACGAUUCCUUUUGCAUUAGAGUGAAUGGAGUGCAUCCAUGAAAGUGUUCAGUUAGAACGAGUCCUAUACUGCGCUGUGAUUGGCCAGGUGUGUAUUC